AUGAGGAAGUCUACCCUCACCUCCAGUGUGGUAGUAAGAUUCAAGUGCCAGCCCAGUCAGCUUCUGGACAUGGAACGAGGAGGGGGUGCCAUCUUUGCCUCAGGCAGCGAAAUGUCUGGAGUCAAGCCUGAUAUCCUUCCAGGGACACUCUAUGGGGAGGAUAAGCGGCUUCUUCGCCAUUUUCUGGGUCUGGAACUCAGCAUGCUGGGCCCUGGAACCCUUUGCCUCAGGAUUACCUGCCUAGGUGGGAGCCUGGGGACACAGUUCAUCACCUCCUAUAUGCAAAAUUUUGAGAAGGAGGGCAGGUUUGAACUGCAGAUCACUGGUUACUACAACUCGACCACUGUGACAGUCUCUGUCCCUUGUGACCUCUGCCGGCAAGAAAGGGAGUUUGAAAGAAGAAUCAAUGUGGAUAGGGGGAAGAUGGUGCAAGUGGAGCUCCCAAAAUUUGUAGAAAUCAUCGACAGCAAAGUGUUCUCCCAUGUGGUUCAGAUCCAGGCAGACAAGAAUGUGUCUGUGGUGUCCUUGAGCUCCAAGCCCUUCAGUGCUGAUACUGCUCUGCUCUAUCCCGUGAACAGUUUGGGGAAUGAGCAUUAUAUUGUGGCUCCAGUCUCAGGCCCAGUAGGAGCUCUGCAAGAGUUUGCAAUCUUAACCCCCCAGGGCCCUAAUGUGGUCGAUGUCUAUCCGACGAGCCCAGUGACCUUCAACCGGAAAACAUACACAGCAGGAAGUAAACUGAGUGUGACACUGAAGGCUUUCACUGGGGUCCAGUUGCAAGGAAAAGGUGAUCUCUCUGGCACCAAGAUUGUUUCCCAGCUGCCAGUCGCUGUCCUAUCUGGCCAUAUCUGUUCGUGGAAGAACACUAAAUGUAACCACGUCUUUGAGCAGCUCCUGCCAGUGUCCAAGUGGGGGAAGACAUUUGUGGUCCCUCCCAUGCCCUGGCAGACCAAAAGUGACAUCCUCUAUGUCUCAGCAUCUCAAGCCACCGUGCUGACCUACCAGACGGGCGCAGCUAAGCAGACAGUGAAUCUGGGAGGCGGGAAGGUCCGGCAGAUCUCGGUCUUGCCCAAAAGCCCAAUCUACCUCUCGGCCAAUGCGCCAGUGCAGGUGUUCCUCUACAGCACCGGAGCAGCCGUCCGGACCUUUACUUAUGACACCUUCUUGAUGGGGAUUCCAGACACAGAAAAGUACAGCCUCUCGUACACCAUAAACGGGCAGGUCGGCUUUCAGAACUUUGUCCUGUUGGUGGCAAAGACUUCAGAGACUGGUGGUCUCACAGUGAAUGGGAAGCCCCUGGACACGGUGAAGUGGAGUCUGGUCCCUGGCUCAGAGUACUCUUGGAGUCUGUACGAGCUGCCAGUAGUACUUCAUUCCUACAGAGUGGCACAUCCCCACUCCCCUUUUUGUCUCUUCAGUGUGGGCAUUGCAAAUAUGAACAGCUAUGGGACACCCGGUGCUGGCGUCGACAUUGCACCACCACUCACCUGUAGUUCUGUGCUGUGCCGUAAAGGGAUGGUGUGUAAGAUGAUAAAUGAUCAACCCCACUGUGUGCCAUCCUCAGAAGCGACCUGCUGGGCAUGGGGUGACCCACACUACCACACUUUUGAUGAGCGCAAUUAUGACUUCCAAGGCACUUGCACCUACACUGUUGCCAAGACAUGUGCUGAAAACUUUGGGCUCCCGUCCUUCCAUGUCUUUGCCAAGAAUGAAAACAGGGGGAACAAACAGGUGUCCUAUGUGGCGACAGUGACGAUUGAGGUUUACGGAUACACCAUCACAGUGAUCAGAUCAGAGUUUGGCUUUGUACGGGUCAACGGCAUCCUGACACACUUGCCCAUCUCUCUGAAGGAUGGGAAUCUGCAGCUCUUGCAGAUUGGCACCUCUGUCAUACUUAACACUGACUUCCAGCUCAAAGUGUCUUAUGACUGGAGUCACCACCUUCGUGUCACCAUCAGCAGUGCUUACCAGGAGGCUGUCUGUGGCCUAUGUGGGAACUAUAAUGAUGAUCCCACAGAUGACUUUGAAACGCCAGCAGGAACCACGGCCCCUAGCAUCACAGCUUUUGGCGAGAGCUGGAUGGUGAAGACGGAUGACAGCCUUUGCUGGCAUGAUUGCCAUGGCCCUUGUAGGGUUUGCCAAUCUGAUGUGGCCAAAAUGUAUGAGGCAGAGGCCUACUGUGGACUGAUAACCAAGGUUUCCAAUGGCCCCUUUGCUCCUUGCCAUGCCAAGGUGAGCCCCACAGCCUACUUUGAUAGUUGCCUGUAUGAUCUCUGCUCCACCGAAGGCAACAAACAGUCUCUGUGCGAUGCCCUGAAGGCUUAUGCAGAUGCCUGCCAGAGAGAGGGAGCCCAAAUUGGUGAUUGGAGGACAGUGUCUGGAUGCUUACUGGAGUGCCCUCCAAACAGUCAGUACCAAAGCUGUGGAACAGCCUGCCCGGCCACUUGCGUGGAUGACCGAACUCAGCAGGAAAACUUCUGCCCGGCUGUGUGUGUGGAAGGCUGCCAAUGCAAUCCAGGUUUUGUUCUCAGCCGAGGGGCAUGCAUUCCAAAGAGCAGCUGUGGUUGUGUCUAUGAAGGGCGCCCCUAUGCCCCCAAUGAGAGCUUCUGGGCUGAUGAUACGUGUCGGAACCGUUGCAUGUGCAACCCAGCCAAGAGGGUAGUGGAGUGUGCUGCCAGCACUUGCAAACCAACGGAACGGUGCCAAGUGGUGAAAGGCGUGCAGGGAUGCUACCCCACUGGGAGCGGCAUCUGCACCGCAUCUGGGGACCCCCACUACUACACCUUUGACAAGUACAGAUUUGAUUUCCAAGGGGCCUGUGCCUACGUGUUUGCUGAGGUGUUCCGCAACACCGAGGGUCUGGAGGGAUUUGGUAUCUACGUUCAAAAUGAGCACCGGGGAAAUACCGCUGUAUCCUGGACCCGGAGUGUCCAGAUCAAUGUCUACGACAUUGAGAUCAUAGUCAGCAGACAAUAUUCCGGCAGAGCCUUGGUUGGAGGUUUGCUCACCUACCUUCCCUACAGCACAGCUGGAGGAAGAGUCAGGUUGUACAGGAGGGGCCUGGAUGCUGUGACUGAGACUGACUUUGGCCUCCUGGUCACUUUUAACUGGGACAGCCAGGUAUCCGUCACGGUGCCCAACACCUAUGCAAACACCUUGCGUGGCCUGUGCGGGAACUUCAACGGGAACGCUGCAGACGAUGCCCUUGUGCCUGGUGGCAUCCUCAUUCCCAACAGGCCGGUAUUUGGUACCAGUGGCACUGAGGUCAUUGACCCCAAAUGCAAGGAGAUUGUGGAUCCCAAAUGCCCAGGGAUAGAAGCCUUAGCAGACCGGCAGCGUGCCUCGGGCAAGGAAUGUGGGCUCCUUCUCGCCAAGGAUGGGCCCUUCCGGGAGUGCCAUGGCCAGAUUGAUGAAGAGGGAGCCUUCCAGGAUUGCAUCUAUGACUACUGUUUCUACAAGGGGCGCUAUGCCUUCAUGUGUGCAGGGAUUGCCAGCUAUGCCUCAGCCUGCCAAGCCAUUGGGGUGACCACUUAUCCUUGGAGGUCUUCGACGUUCUGCCCCCCACUUUGUCCUUCCAACAGUCACUAUGAACAUUGCGCCAGGGGCUGUGUCCAGACCUGCAGCAGCCUGUACAUCACACCUCGAUGCCCGAACAAGUGCGAGGAGGACUGUGUGUGCAACGAGGGCUUUGUCAUGAGCAGCUACACUUGCGUCCCUAUGGCCCAGUGUGGAUGUUUCCACCAAGGGCGUUACUACCCAGCCUUGGAAUAUUUCUAUCCGACUUGUGAGGAACGCUGCCGGUGCCAGGCGGGUGGAAAUGUGGUGUGCCACAAGGUGCCCUGUGGCCCCAACGAAGAAUGCAGAAUUGUGGAGGGGUACCGGAAAUGCUAUGCAACUGGGAAUGCCACCUGUUCCGUGGUCGGCAGCCUUUAUCUUUCCUUUGAUAGGCGGCCCAUUCAUUUCCCGGGCACCUGCACCUACUUCUUAACCAAGCUGCACAAGCCAAACGAGUACCUGAAACCCUUAGCUGUUGUUGUCAAGAAUGAGGCCUGGAAGAAUGGGAAGAUCUCCGUUACCAAGGAGGUCUAUGUGGAGGUCCUUGACUUUCAACUGAUUCUGCUACGGAACAAAUGGGGGCUAGUCAAGGUGAACGGAAUAUUCCAACGCCUCCCUGUGAAUCUUUUGACUGGGCAGCUCAGAAUCUAUCAGCAUGGGCUCAGUGUCAGGAUAGACUCUACCUUUGGCUUUGCACUGACCUAUGACCUGUUUUACCAUGUGAGGGUCACCAUUCCCAACAUCUACCAGGGCCACAUGGGUGGGCUGUGUGGGAACUACAAUGGACAGAAGAGUGAUGAUUUUCAGCUCCCUGAUGGCACGGUGGUCACUGAUGUGGAUGUAUUUGGUGCCGCCUGGAAAAUUCCAAUCCCUGGUGUACCCUGCACAGAUGGAUGUGCUGGGAAGGGCUGUCCAGUUUGCGAAGAGGAGAAAAAAGAAAUUUUCAAACAGCGCAGGUCCUGUGGGCUCCUUGCAGCAUCUGAUGGGCCCUUCAGUGAGUGCCAUGCUGUAGUGAACCUUGGUGCUUAUCUGGAGAACUGCAUCACUGAGCUGUGUAUAGGAGGGGAUGACCAACAGGCCUUAUGCCUGAGCCUCCAGAGCUACACGGAAGCCUGCCAAGAGGCCGGGGUCAAUAUCCAGCCAUGGAGGAGCUCCACCUUCUGCCCCAUCACUUGCCCAGCCAACAGCCACUACACCAUCUGUUCUAACAUUUGUGAAACCAACUGUGCUGGCCUCACCGAUCACAUUAAAUGCCCAGAGAACUGUGUUGAGGGCUGCCAGUGUGAUGAUGGCUUCUUCUUUGAUGGCCUCAAAUGCAUCCCCUUGGAUGAGUGCGGCUGCUUUGAGCACGGCAGGUACUUUCCGCCUAAUGAGCCUGUCCUAUUAAAUGACUGUACUGAGAGAUGCAUCUGCACUGCAGCCGGAGGGCUCAGGUGUGAGGCCAUAACUUGCCCAGCUGGUGAAACUUGCGAGGUGAAAAAUGGCAUCAUGCAAUGCUACAGCAAAGCUAAAGAAUGCCCUGAGAAUAGCCACUAUGAGGCCUGUGGAAGUGCUUGCCCAGCCACCUGUGCUGACCGCAUGGCUCCCUCUGCCUGCGAAGAGCCAUGCGUUGAAACCUGCCAGUGCGACGAUGGCCACGUCCUCAGUGCCGACAAGUGUGUGCCUGUUGGGAGCUGUGGCUGCACGUAUAAUGGCUUGAACUACAAACCAGGGGAAGAAUUCUGGGCUGAUGAAAAGUGUAGCUCUCGCUGCACAUGUGAUCCCACGCGAGGUGUGGUAGUGUGCAUCCCAGGUGGCUGCAAAGCUGGUGAGGAAUGUGUUGUGGUCAAUGGCGUUCGGGGAUGUCACCCGAGCAGCCCUUCCACUUGCACAUCUUCCGGGUGCUAUUACUACACCACCUUCGAUGGGAAAAAUUAUGAGUUCAAGGGCACUUGCAUCUACCAACUGGUCGCUGUGUGUUCUACUGACUCCACCCUCAUACCAUUUAACAUCUCAGUCCAGAACAGCCCGGCUCCUGAUGGUCAUGCUGUGACAUUGCGGGUGUAUGAUGUGAGCAUCACCCUCCGUGCAGACAGGGGAGACAAGAUAGAGGUAAAUGGCAACACAAUGGACCUGCCAUUCAGCCACGAGGGAAAGAUCCAUGUGAGCUCUGAUGAGAGCCAGUUCACUAUUGUGACAGACUUUGGCCUCUCAGUCCAACUAGUCAAGGAAAACCUAAGAGUUGUGGCAUCUGUGCCAGGGAACUAUGCAGGUUCACUGUGUGGCCUGUGUGGAAAUGCCAAUGGAGACCCCAGUGAUGAUAAGAUGGGUGAAUCUGGGGAGACCUUGCGUGUAGGGUGUUCUCCAGGCUGUGCCCCUGACUGUCCACCCUGCACUUUGGCUGAGCAAGAGAGUUACCAAGAAGACAGGUAUUGUGGGCUGUUGCGUCAGCUGAAUGGACCCUUUGCCUCCUGCCAUGCUGCUAACCCCUAUGCACCCUUCUUCAACGAGUGCAUCACAAAGACCUGUGAAGUUCGGGGAGACAAGCCCAUCUGGUGUGACGUUAUUGCCGCCUAUGCUGCUGCCUGCCAGGCCAAGGGUUUCCCAAUUAAGGAGUGGAGGAAGGAUGACUUCUGCUGUGAGUAUGAGCUAUUGGGGGCUUGGGAUAUGGUCUAG